AUGUGGGUUGUGUACAGUGGUACGGCGGGGGAUGCCAGACUGACCCCAAAGGCAGUGGGCUGCAAGGGCGGCGCGGAGGCGGCGACGCCGACGGCGGUGCAGCACCGGCUGGGCGACGAGUGCGGCGAGGAGCUGCCGGCGGGGGCGGAGUGCGUGGGCGUGCCGGGCGCCUUCUGCAGGCCGGAGGACGGCCGCUGCGCCUGCCUCGAGGGCCGCGUCGCCGCCGCCGACGACCGCGACCGCUGCGAGCUGCCGGCCAGGCUGGGAGAGGAGUGCCACUUCGACGAGCAGUGCGGCGUCGCGACGCCGCGUACCGUCUGCGUCCAGGGCCGCUGCCGCUGCUCCGAGGGUCUGGUCGCCGUCAACGUGAGCGUCGAGGAGGCCGGCGGGGGCGGCGUCGGGGAGCCGGGUCGGCGGCGCCUGGGGGAGCCCUGCAAGGAUCGGAAGGAGUGCGGCGCGCCGAACUCGUUCUGCCUGCCGGGCAAGGAUGUCUGCGCCUGCCUGCCGGAGUUCCCGCUCACCGACGGACACAGCCAGUGCGGAAAGCGUGAGUACCCCGCACCUGUCAGCCUCACACUAACUGUACUUCACUUCAUUACCUUCUUAGAGAUUUCAAGCUAA